CCCCUUUUACAGCUCUGAGUCGAAGCAGACAAACAGCAGAUUACAGAGCAGAAGGAAUGACUCUGUUUACAGCGGCACAUCUCGGCCCGGACUUCACAAACUGUCCUUUUGUUUCCUCUUGUUUGCUCUCCAGAUGGCUGCCGUGCUGGCAGGUGGAUGCACAUGCGAUCCCUUUAUUCAGCGUUUACCCGGUUACACAAUAAACCAACGGCGCAGGAGCAGGGGCUGAAGCUUAAACGGAGCAGAGCGAGCGAGCACGCCAGCACGGUGGCGUUCUCUAACCUGCAGCUUCACCAAACAAAGCUAACGAGCCCUCUGUCUUGGAUGUGAAAUGAUAGCAGGCUGAGAGUGAGGGCGUUUAAAUAUUUACAUACUGGCCCGUGGCACAAACACAGGCAGCAGCAGAGGGCCCUUCUCAGGAGUGAUGGAGGAAUGAAAGACAGGCAUGGAGAGUUCAGCGUGCUGAGCCGGGUGUCAAAACCUGACGAAUGAAAGUUCAUGAAGGAUGUUAGACAUUUAGAGCACCAACAGCUGCUUUUAUUCAUCAAUAUUCCAUCAGUCAAAUAUGGCACUAAUAUUAGAAAUGUUCUCCAUCGUUUCUGCAGACACGUGCUUCUAAUCCAUACUACUGCUCUGCAUUAAAAACUGCCAUUAAACAACUAAAGAAGAAGAAAUCACAACAAAACUGAAGUAAAACUGACUGUAGAGAUGCUAAAGCUGAUUUCACAUCCUUUAACUUAAGAAUCUAUCACUUUUAUUGAAGAUUAAUUGAGUAAAUUAUUAAUUCAUUGACUAUUUCUAAAGUUAAAACUCACUGUGACUAAAAUGCUAAAUCAGUUAGCCUGUUAAUGGCAAUUUCCUAAAGUGUUAGCAUCAAGCUAAUGAGCCAAUCAGGUCCAUCUGCAACAAAUCAGAGUUUCACCAAUUAGUACCUAGAAAUGCACAUCCCUACUGAUCAGUUUGACUAAUCCGGCUCACACAGCUCUCAUGGUGGCAUCAUGCUGCACGCCCAUGCUAACACGGGUUUCCUGCAGGCUGCGGUGUCUCCAGCUGCGGCGGGAUCCUCGCCGUCCUGGUGGUGCCUCGUGGUGUUGUUAGUGUGUCUGCAGCUCCCGCAGCUGAGCCCCGCGCAGCCCACCAUCUGCUUGUCUCAGGGCUCGCCUGCAGCAGGAAGAUGCCUCUGUGCCUCCGAUAUCGUCAGCUGCACCGGCAGCGGUCUGGAGCAGGUCCCCGGAGAGGUGCCGCCCUCUGCGGUCACUCUGGAUCUCAGUCAUAACCGGAUCGUGCAGCUGGAGGGAGGCGGUUUUGAGGGACUCUACAGACUGGAGACAUUACGGUUAGCGCACAAUCGUCUGACUUCUAUCCAAGCGGGGGCGUUCAGGAACACCUCCGGGACUCUGCUGAGACACCUGGACCUGUCGUCCAAUCAGCUGCGCGUUCUGGAGCAGCAUUACUUCCUGGAUUUACCGGGAUUGGAGGAGCUGCUGCUGUUCAACAACCGGAUCGUCCACGUGGAGAGCCGAGCCCUGACAGGACUGGUCAGCCUCCGGAAGGCCUACCUCAGUCAUAACAGACUCACUGACUUCCCCUUCUUCUCCCUGGCAGAGCGCAGCCACCCUCACCUGUCGCUGCUGGACCUGUCCUCAAACCGCCUCCCCAAACUGCCCCUGGAGGAUAUAUCAAACCUACCCGCGUCGGUUCAGAGAGGACUCUACCUUCACAACAACUCGCUGGUGUGCGAGUGUUCCAUGUACGCUCUGUUUCGGCACUGGGAGCAGAGAAACUUCACCUCGAUCACGGACUUCAGACAGGAGCAUACUUGUCUGGUCUACGGGAUCCAGAAAGGGACGGUACGUUUCUUCCAGCACGACCGUUUCUUUGAGAAAUGUGACUUCAGUGGGAUGAGCGGGCUGCUGAAGUAUCAGGAGAGCAGCGUGUCUGUGAGCGCGGGAAAGGCGCUGCUGCUUCACUGCGUGACCACGCUGACCGGGCAGCACGUCACCUUUCUCUGGGUGUCGCCCAAUCAGGAGUACGUGGCGCCACCGGGAAACAAUGGCUCCUUAAAGAUGUACAGUAAUGGGAGCCUGGAGAUCGUGGCGGCAAGAGCAGAGGACUCUGGGAUCUACUGGUGCAUGUCUCUGGACCAGCAGCACCAACGGAACGAGACUCUGGAGGUGAAUGUGACCGUUCUGCUGCAGACCGACAGCGCGCCGCACGAGUCCUUCAACACGGGCUUCACCACCCUGCUGGGCUGCGUUGUCAGCCUGCUGCUAGUCCUCAUGUACCUGUACCUGACGCCCUGCCGCUGCCCCCCCUGCCGUAAAGCCUCCGCCCCAGCCACCGCCACCCCUAGCCAGGGGAAUGAGGCUGGGGUGGGGAGCGCCCAGUCCUCCAUCCUCACCCCAACCCCGCCCACCACUACCGAAGGCCCGGGCCGCAAGGUCAGUACCAACAAGCAUGUGGUGUUUCUGGAGCCAAUCAAAGAGCAGCAGAAUGGCAGACUGAGGGCGGGGCCAGGGGCCGGUGCCGUGAUGCACGGACACCUGGGACCCGGUCUACUGCUAGGGCCAGAGCAGACCUCAAAGAUCCACAACCAAUCACAGCAGAGGGCGGGGGAGACGGACUCCAUCAUGUCCGUCUUCUCUGACACGCCCAUCAUGUUGCCAUAG